AUGUUAACAAGAAUAACACUCGAUAAGAUGAACGAGAGAUAUGCAGGGGUUUACUAUUCGCCAAGGCCAUCAGAACUCCCCUCCCUAGAAACAGUCCGCAUCGUUCGGCUAUCACAUAAGCAAAAAAAGAAAAUACUCACAGCACCCGCCAUGAAAUCGACGAUUAUUGGCUGUGCACUGCCAAGUCCUUCCGGAAAAGAUAAUUAA